UCGCUGAGUAUCGCUGUACUUCAACUGUGCCCAACCCUGAACAGCUGUGACUGGGCUAAAUGGAAAUAAACAGUAAACAACAAUCUUGCAUUGAAAUCGGUUCUAGGUUUUAUUUUUUGCCUAUGGCGUAUUAUUGUAAUACCACAUCAACAUGGAUAGUUUAAAUCAGCCGAUGAACAUUGCCGAGUACAAUAAUCUCAUCACCAACAUAAUAGAAUCGGCUGUUGAUGAAUUGAUUCAGAAGCGCGAAUCGUCCGGGGUAACGCUUGGGUACGACAAUGGCAGCGGAAUAUCCGGUCAUGAGUUGUUACUCUUGAACAUUUGUCGCCUGUGUGCUAAGGAGGAACCUCGCCUGCUGGACCUGUCCGAACUUCAUCUAAUUCUGAUCGCUGAACUGUCGAUCAAUGGAAUCGAGAGCAGCGUUGGUUGUACGAAAAUCUGUCCCAGUUGUGCUGAGUUUCUUGGUCGCAUUCGAGAGUUCCGUUACCGUUGUGAGGAAGCUCAAAAACGAAUCGGUUUGCUGUUGACGGAGAGAAAUGUCAUUUCUGACUUUCUCAAUCUAAACUUUACCAAGCAGGAAGAACACUAUGAAGGUUUUAGUCCGCCCCCGGAUUCUCAAGCGGAAAAACCUGCUUCUGUCAUGGAUGCAUUCAAUGAUUUAGCCAGUAGUUCUUCUGAACAAUCAGAACCAGAAAUUCCACCCGUGCCGAAACCCGUAAGGAAGACCAAACGAGAGAAAAAGUCUAUUAAAAAGGGAGACUUAAAAACGCUGAACAAGCAGCCAGACUCACGACGGCGGGUUGUAAACGGAAAACUCCAAUGGGUCUGUCUGGAUUGUGAGGAAGUGUUCCAGAGUUGUACUAAGCUGAAGAAGCAUCGACAGACAUGUAAGCUUGUGGGCACAGAGAACUCAAAACGUUUAGGUUCCUUUACCUGUGAGAUUUGCGGUCAAACCUUGCCCUCGCUGAUGGGCUUGCGAGUACAUCUGCACAAACACAGUAAAGCCCGACUAGAGUCGGAUUCUAAAAGUAAGGAGGAACCAAAAUCUCCUCCACCAGUACCUAAAAAAGCGGUAUGUCAUGUAUGUGGAAAAGCCUUCAACGGUGCGAGUUCCCUUAGAUCGCACCUGGUGUUUCAUGACCAAGAAAAACGCAUGGAGUGUCCGGUUUGUAAAAAGAAGUUUUUUAAGUUGUAUCGUUUGAAGGAUCACAUGAAUUGUCAUACGAAUGUCCGUCGGUAUAGUUGCACGAUAUGUGGGAAAGCAUUUUUUACCAAAGGAAUUCUGUACAAACAUACACGUCUGCAUGAGCAAAAUUUCCGUAAACAUCAGUGCAGUAUAUGUCCCAUGCGUUUCCCCCAUCCUUACCAGCUCCGGUCGCACAUGAUGAUUCAUACGGCAGAGUAUCCACACGGUUGCAAACUCUGUCCCAGUAAAUUUCGAUUUUCGUGGGAUCUUAAAAAGCAUAUCGCUAAAUCUCAUCCUCCUUUACUGGAGGAGGAAUGCGGCACGCUACCGGAAGCCGCCUCAGCAUUGCCCCAACCCUUGGAGGAACUAAUUGCCGAACCUCUACUGCAACCGUCGUUGUUGGCUUUGGAACCACUGUCGCCACCACCCCACACGGACCCGACAGUAAUGAGCCUGAUGGAGGAGGAACAGCAACACGACGACCUAUCGGUAAUGCUAGCGGAUAUACCACCGCAUCAGCAAUCCGAACUCACCCCCUCGCUAGCGGCCGUGCAACCUGUACUAGCGGAGCAUCCAUUCGACACGGACAACUUGCUGGAUGAUGCCUCGCGGGAUUUUACAAGUGACUGCUUCCCGUCGGACCAUCACCUGAAUGGGGGCCACCAUGCGGGACCGGAUGACGAUUUUUAUUCCUUCAUGGAGUGUUGAAAAAAUAAAAUUUUAGCUCAAAAAAGCUGUUAUAAUUUCUUUAUAGAUUUUUGCUAACGUUUUUCGAUUCUAAAAAAUUAUUAAAUUAUGUUUCCGAGUUUUUAAGUAAAAUACUGGCUAGAAAAACAUAAA